AUGGAGACGAAGAUCAGUUUGAUUAUGCUCUGUAGAGCGGUAAUAGUUGGUUGUGUGGUUUGGGGAAGUGUGAUUGAAGCAUUCAUUGUACGAAAAGAUUUUCAAGUUGAAUCGUCCGACGCCAAGCUGUCUACACUGCAAUUAGCCGACAAGUACGGCUACCGGGCAGAAGCGCACCAGGUCGUAACUGACGACGGAUACUUGCUGGAGCUUCAUCGAAUCACCGGCAGUGGAUCGACCAUUUACGAGAAACGGUUACCGCCGGUCCUGUUGAUGCACGGAUUGCUAGCGUCCUCGGCCGAUUGGUUGCUGAUUGGGGUCGGACAUGCGUUGGCUUAUCAGCUGAGUGAUAUGGGCUACGAUGUUUGGUUGGGAAAUGCACGUGGCAAUAGGUACUCGAGGAAGCACGUAAAACUAACUCCCGAUAUGGAUCAGUUUUGGAACUUUUCGUGGCACGAAAUUGCAGUCUACGAUUUGCCGGCGAUGAUUGAUUAUGUGUUGAAUAUAACGGGCAAAGAGAGGCUGCAUUAUUUGGGCCAUUCGCAGGGAACGACUACGUUCUUUGUGAUGGCUUCGGUGAAACCGGAAUUCAAUGAGAAGAUUAUUUUUAUGCAGGCACUUGCCCCUGUCGCCUACGUGGAACACGUCAAAAGUCCGCUGUUGAAUUACUUUGUUAAACAUAUGGGAGUAGUUUCUGCGAUUGUUGAACUGUUUGGUAUAUCCGAGUUCAAGCCGAUUCCGGGAAUUAUCCUAGAACUUGCCAAAAUGCUUUGCCCUACCUCGCAAGCUAAUAACCUGUGUGUAAAUAUAUUGUUCCUAUUGACGGGCGAUGAUCCUGAACAAGUCGAUCCUAAUAUAAUUCCAAUUCUAUUGGGACACAUUCCUGCCGGUUCGGCCACAAGGCAAAUCCUACACUACGGUCAGGAGAUUCUAUCCGGGCGCUUUAGACAGUACGACCAUGGAAAGAUAAAGAAUCGUUUCGUCUACGGUCAGGAGGAACCGCCGCGGUACAAUCUUACGGCUGUCACCGUUCCGGUUGCACUUUACUACGGUGCUAAUGAUUAUCUUUCCCAAACGGGUGAUGUGCAACGGUUGGCAAAGGAGUUGCCCAAUCUGGUGGGAUAUCAUCGUGUUGAGUCGGAUUCGUUCAAUCAUAUGGAUUUUCUGGUAGCGAAAGAUGUCGAUAAAUUGUUGUACAGGCUUUUGAUCGAUAAUAUCGAAAAAUAUAGCAGCGAGGACGAUUGA